AUGGUGAAGGGUCGCCAAGGAGAACGCAUCAGACUUUACGUCAGGGGUACAAUCCUUGGAUACAAGAGAUCCAAAUCAAACCAGUACCCAAACACAUCACUGAUUCAAAUCGAGGGAGUGAACACCAAGGAAGAGGUAGCGUGGUAUGCUGGAAAGAAAAUGGCCUAUAUCUAUAAGGCUAAGGUGAAGAAAAAUGGUACCCAUUACCGUUGUUUAUGGGGCAAGGUUACUAGACCUCAUGGUAACAGUGGUAUUGUUCGUGCUAAGUUCAAGUCCAAUCUUCCACCUAAAUCAAUGGGUGCACGUGUGAGAGUGUUCAUGUAUCCAAGUAACAUAUGA